UGAUUUGAAAAGAUUUGGAUCCCAGUCCUGUGCCCUCUAUGAAAGGUCCACAGACUGUAGCUGCAGCAGAGCGGCCACUCCCCCACGAAGGGCCAUGGCUCCUUGUUUAUUUUACUGCCAUACAAAUGCAUUUUUGAGCCCAUCUGUACAAAAUCUGUCAAGUUGCAUAGUGUCGAAGAGGUGGAGAAAUGCAAUAAUCCGUGUUGCUGGAUAGCCAAGGCAGUGAGACUAUAAAAGAAGUGAGCUACAGCUGUAUGACAGAGCUCCUUUUUCCCUGUGCAUUUCAGAGAGCAACUGGUAACAUGGAUUGCACCUCGGAAGGGGACAGCUGAACUCUCCCUCUGGCUUUAGUGAGGAAAGAGCAGCGAUGAAAUCCGUGGACUGUGUGCACGUCAUCCAACAGAAGGAUACCGCCUCCUCUCCCUCUGCCCCCCCUGGUGCUGCUUCAGGCACCACGGGACCUUUUUCUGUCACAUUCCUGUGGCUUGCAAUGCUCCUGUCCUCUUGUCUUGCAGCAGUGUCUUUUUACCAUGUUAUCACCCUGAAAACAGAACUAGAAGCUCUGCGCAGCGAGCUGAUCUACAGGGUCCGGGCAAGGUCUCCGCUAGACCGGCCACCCGUGUCCCCUGAUGAAAAUAAAGCGGGUACCCCUGUUUCUUCCUUCCUGCAAGUGUCUGCAGCUGGCGCCAGGCAGGAGAACAGGCUUCCUGGUCCUGACCCAGCUGAAAGCUUCCAAAAGGAAAUCUGGAACGGGAGCAGAAACAGGGGGAGAAGGUCUGUCGUCCACACGGAGGAAACAGUGCUGCAGGCCUGCUUGCAAUUGAUCGCUGACAGCAAAAGUGAUAUCCAACAGAAAGAUGAUUCAAGCAUUGUCCCUUGGCUGCUGAGCUUUAAACGUGGAACAGCUCUGGAAGAACAAGGAAAUAAAAUAGUGAUCAAAGAAACAGGAUAUUUUUUCAUCUAUGGCCAGGUUUUAUAUACGGAUACAACAUUUGCUAUGGGACACCUAAUACAGAGGAAGAAGGCCCACGUGUUUGGUGAUGAUCUCAGCUUGGUGACAUUGUUUCGUUGCAUCCAAAAUAUGCCACAGUCUUAUCCGAAUAAUUCUUGCUAUACUGCUGGCAUUGCAAAAUUAGAAGAAGGGGAUGAACUUCAACUUACAAUACCACGGAGAAGGGCCAAAAUAUCCUUGGAUGGAGAUGGUACUUUUUUUGGUGCAGUUAGACUCCUCUGAAGCCCUUCAUUUCUGUUGUUAUGCUUAAUGCAGUUUUCUUCUUUUCCUAUGCCUUUGUCAGAAAAAAAAUAUUGAAUUGUAAUAAAGCUGCCAAUUCUGUAUCUCUCCAUCCACCGCCAGCUUCUGAGAACUUUUCUUCGGUUUGAUAAGCGAACCCAAAACAGGAAACACACCAGACAUACUUGUAAGAUAUAACCAUCAUGUGAUUACCAGAAAGCAAAUUUAUUUUAGAAAAUGGGAGACUCUAAAUAGCAUACCAUAAAACCAUAAAACAAUGGUUUUUUGCCUUUGAAACAAUCCCUUGCCCGUAAGGCAAAUGAAAGAAGGAGUUAACCAUAAAGUAUAGCAUAAGCAGGACCAUUAACUAUCAAAUUAUUAUCCAUAAUUGAAAAGGAAAACUAAAACACAAGUACAUCUUAGAUUUGCUUUGUUUCAUCAAUAAAAAAAUUCGAAGCAUAAAGUAUCAAAAGAAUCAUCACACAGUAGAUUCCUCAUCACCAAAUGGAGGUGUCAGGUGGGUUGUGGUUUUUUGUUUUGUUUUGUUUUCUCUUUGACACCAAGAUUUUGGGGACAGAAAAAGUAUAAUGUAUGGGAUAAUGAAAAACCUAAAUGUAUUGGAUAAUGAAAACAAACUCCUCAGAAAUACAUAGAAUAGUAGCUAUUGGCUUGCUUCUUCCCUGUGAAUAACUGGAAAAAGGACAUGUAAGAUGCUUCAACAGCUCAAUUUUCCAAGCAUUGCUACUCAUCGAGGGAUAUGUGUAUACUUCUAUGUAAGCAAAGCAGAUACAGAAAGAAACACGGUGAGAUUAGACACAUACAGCAGGUGGAAUUGGAUUUCUGGCUUCAUAAUUCCUGCAGUCAUAUAUAGAUGUGUAUAUAUAUACAGUACAUAUAUGUAUAUGUAUAUAUAUGAAAGUAUUUACACACACAUAUAUAAGCCUUUGACGUUUGGGCAUAGAAUUUUAUCUUCUUUUGAAUAGUUUAUCCAAUGGAAAUAUUACUGCAUACAUACUUUUUGUAUUUCUCUUGCUUUUUGCUAUGAUCCAUUCUAUGCAAUAUAAUAAAAAGAAAAAUCCAGUAAACCUGGAACUAGCCACACAGCUAAGAAAAUACAUUUGUCUCCCAGAAAUCUGGGCUCAAUCCCUGGGUUAACUAUAGGCUUUUUCUGCAGUUUUGAACAUAUUGCUCAACUCUUUUACAAAAAAAUCAGACCAUAGAAAGACUAAACAGAUGUCUUUAUUUCUUUUGUUUUGUCUGUCUGCUUUGUUCAGUAGAUGAGAUUUAUGUCUUUUUUAACCCAAAAAUCCAUGUGUAUUGAGUGGUCAAGGUAAUAACAUGGUAAUAGUGCGGUCAAGACUUCUAGGAGCUAUUGUAAUACAAACAUUGAAUACUUAUUCUACUGUUCUUCAAAAAAGUAUUGAAGUGCUACUGGAAUAGAUAAAAUAAUAAAACCCACAGUAAUGAACUAUACUUCAUUUGGAAAUAUUUUUAGGGGUUGAGAAGUGUGUCAUAUAAGCUUAUUUAGUAAAGAAAAGACGCUUUGUAUAUUGCAGUCUCCUCGUCUGUUUUUCAUAAAUCGUGCUGAUUUGAUUGAGGUCUCAUGGUGAUAGACAAUGAAUAGAGAGAUUUGGAGCUAGGAAUUACGGACUAUGGUAAACCAAUGAAACAAUUAAUUCAACUUCUCUGGGCUUCAAGAAGAUAUCUCAGCAAUGAGCAUCUGUGUAUUGGAUGACCACACCAUGAUUUUUACAAGAUUUAACUAUAGUUUCAAAAUGUCUGGAAGUACUCCUUAUACGGCUUUAUUUAUUUAUGUGUCCUGGACUCAAAGCAGCAGCUGCUGCUGCUGCUGCUGCUGA